AGUGUGUGUCAAUCACAAAAGAGAGGGAGCCCGAUCUGAUCCCGCCAUGGUCUUCAGUGGAGCAGACUUCCUAGUGUCCAAGGCCCCCGUGGCGUCUGUGGCCAUCCAGGUGGCCGCCAAGAAGGCGGUCAAUGGUGCAGCCAAGAAAACGUCGAGUAUCCGGGAAUUUGCGGCCGAGCUGCAGCGCCGACUGGCGCCGUCGAUGGGCUCGGGCUGGCACGUCCUCGUGGGCGGCGACUUUGCUGUGGAUCUUCGCUACCGCAAGGGAGCCUGUGUGCUGUUGUUCAGCAAGGCAAGCAAGAUGAAAGUGUUGCUGUACCGCACGACGCCUUCUGUGACUCCCCGCCCCAAACAGGAGCACGAAGCGCUGACUGAUGAUAGUGAAAAACUCAACACCAAGAGGAAGAUAGUGGUUUUCGAGACCGACAUGGAAGAUGAGAUGAAGGAGGCCGUGAUCGACAAAACCAAGCAACUCUACAACUACUACGAGGGCAUAGAGGACAAUGAGACCAAGAUCGCUCAAGCGUUAAAGCACUCGCUGACUUACACAUACGGCCCGACGUGGCAAGUGGUGGUGUCGUCUUCGCGUGAAUUGUGCUGUCUUCCUAUCGCAGACGAGGGUACACAUGCGGACUUUACGGUGACGAAGCUGCGCGUGGUGGUGUACCGUCAUGCUGGUACCAGUUUGGACCGCCAAUUGGACUCUGCGCAAUUCGGCAAGCGCGUCGCCUUCGUUCUCGCUACGAUUUGUUUGUUGCUCUACGCUUUCUUGGCGUUGAAUUCGUCGGAAGUGAUCGAGAAGUGUAAAGGUAGUGCGACAGUUGCUGGUGACAACAUUCCGGUAGAUGGAGUGGUGCUGCCUGAGGGCUGCACGGCGGAGGACGUGAAGCGCGCGAAUGACCAUGCGUGGUGGAAGACUGCAGCCAUUCUGGGCAUGUCGGCCUUCACGAUGGUGGCGUCACUCAUUCGCAUGUACAGCAAGUCGCUGACCCCGAAGGUUAAGCGUGCGUAGCUUCGUUGUAGAAGAUUACCGACGCUAAAAGUAGAAGGCAAUAGAGAACUUAGCAGCGCAAUUGAGUGCCAACAAAUGUGAACGCGAUCACUGGCACCGCGAGUGUGGACUUUUGAUCCCUUGAUUCUUGCGGCAAUUGUAAUGACAACC